AUGUGGCUUGGCAUGUUCGUCCUCGGGUUGGCCAUUGGUGUUCGUCCUGGCCGGCGGGGAUGCUCUGUUCGUCCAGGUGCGCGCCAUCCUCCGCAACCGCACGGGGAUAGAGGACUGGAUCUUAGAAAAAGCCGUCCACCGGAGAAAGAACCCCGAAGGAGAGGAGGACGACCCGGCUUUCGUCUAUCCUUACGAUCUCGGCAGGUGGCAGAACUUUUGCCAGGUCCUGCGUCCGUUCCGAGAACCCGCUGGAGACGGCAUAGUCUGGCCAGUGGCAGAGGGAUGCGACCAGUAUACGCUCACGACAGAGCAACUUGCCCAGAAAGCUGAGAAACGCGCCCGCAGCCGUCUGUACGA